AACUUGAGAAUAACAAAUUGAGGCCGUAACAAAGACAUCGAAAAAUAUGAUAAUUCUUAAGCUAAUAUAUGGGAUAGUAUUAUUCCUGCAAAUUGUAGCGAUGUUCACAAUUUUUUAUUCUUAAUUGCUUCAUCGUUUAUCCUACAUAAAAAUAAGUCUAUAAAUUAUGUUAAUAGUUUUAGAACAGUAUAACAAAUAACAUUAUUUAAAACAUUGGAAUUUCAAGAAACUGCUUUAUAUUCUACAUUGCAAUCUGACUUGUAGGUAAUGUCCAUUUGAUGGAUAUUAAAUUUGAUAUUUUUAUUUUGUAAUACAUAUUUAAAAAACUUAAAGGUCCAAUAACGGUAACAAAUUUUUCGACAUAGAAUAUUUCAUAAACGCGAAAUAUUUUAAUCGCAAUAUCACAAUGUAUCUUUUACUAUCUGACGCAGAAAUGUAUCAGCCCGGAUAAAGUAACACUGCAUUGUAUGUUGCGCUUUCGUCUGCCACAAGAGUAAUACCAUAGAAAAUAGUGAUAUGUACUACGCGCAGACGCGAAUUAUAACAAUUUACUAGUUAUUAUCUAUCACCGUUAUCGUUAAUAGGCUAUAAUAUCUAAAUAGACAUAGUUUCCCUCUGGAGGUGCGCAUUUUCUUACUUCCUCUUAUUAUCUUAUCUCCAUUUAUUUACAUAAUUCAAUCAUUUUGAGAAUUCUCGACUUUAAAUUGUUUUCUAUCUGAAUUGUAUUGUUGGCAUGCGCACAUUACAAAAACGUCUAAUAAAUGGAAAAAUUAUCAGAAAAAUUGAUAUAAGAAAACUACCCAAGUGCUCACAGUAGUAUUUCAACUGUUGUAUAAAAUGGAGUUUCCAGAAGAUUCGUAUUUUAAAUUAAAUCGUGUAGUGCUAUCAGCAAUUGGCCUUUGGCCAUAUGAUGAUUUCAAAGUUAGGCAUUUCCGUUUCCUAUUGUCCUUACUAAUAAUCAUAUCGUUUAUAAGUCCUCAGCUGUUAAAAUUACUUAUCUCAGAAUACAGCCUUGACCUUUUUCUAAAUAUGUUUUGUUAUAAUAUCAUUUUCGUAAUGCUUUGUGCAAAAUAUAUUUCAUUUUAUGCCAUUUUAAAAAAUAUUAAAGAAUUCCGGGAUCGUGUUCGAAAUAACUGGGAUGCUUUGAAAGAUAACCAAGAAAUCGAAAUAAUAUGUAAACACGAAAACCGCGGAAAAGUAUUUACAAUAUUUAUAAUAGUAUUGUCUUAUACCGUUAUUUCCUUAUACAUCUUUCUACAAUGUACCUCAGUCUUACUCGAUAUCGUAAUGCCUUUAAAUGAAUCUCGUCCGCGUGAACUUAUUUUUCCAGCGGAAUAUUUUAUCGAUCAGCAGAAGUACUUUUAUAUCUUAACAAUACACGUACUUAUGGGACUAUUUUUUAUAGCGACCAGUGCUAUAGCUACUGAGUCUUUCUCAUUAGCAAACGCAUUACAUGCUUUCGGAUUAUUUAACAUUGCUAGUUAUCGUAUGAAAAAUAUAUUAAUCGGAAUUAAUCGACAGAGGGACAUAUGUCUAAAUAAAGAAUAUGCCAUAUCUUGUAAUAAAAUAAUUGCUGCAGUGGACUUCCAUAGAAGAGCAAUCGAAUUUUCUGAAUUAUUAAAAGAAAGUUUUGGGCCGAUGUACUUAAUCUUGUUUAUGGGGUGUGUGUGUUCAGCAGGCGUGGGUUUAUCUAACCUAUCUCGAAUAAUAAUGAUGGAAAAAGAAAUAGUGAGCGUUGUGAAAUAUAGUGCAUGUAUAAUUUUAACUAUUACGGGUUUAGCUUUAGCUAAUUAUGCUGGGCAAGAAUUUAUAAAUUGUGAUACGGAUGUCUAUCGUGCGAUAUGCAAUACGAAAUGGUACAAUGCUUCAUUGAAAACACAAAAAUUGGUACUCUUUCUGAUACAAAAAACUACAAAAUGUUAUAAGGUAGAUGCAGGUGGAAUGUUUAGUCCUUGCUUGGAAGGUUUGGCAACAGCUUUGAGUAUGUCGGUUUCUUAUUUUAUGGUUCUCCACUCCUCCGUAUAACGUUUAAAAUAAAAAAUUAUUUUAUUAUUAUUUUGGUAAAUUUGAUUAUUGUUUUGGUAGGUAUUAAGUAGCAAAUAAAGUGUACAUUAACAAUAUAAGUAGUA